AAUACCCUUUGCCUUUUUUGUCCAUCUCAGUCUCAGUCUCUGUCUCAGACGACAACUGACUUUUCAAACUCUUUAAAAGUCACCUCUGUCUCUCUCUCUCUCUUUAAAGUCACCUCUGUCUGAGUCUGAGAGAGCUUAAUUGCUGUCUUUUUCUUUCUGAGUUUGAAACUCCCUGCUAGCAAUAGGAAUUUAGCUCUUCAAACAGGUCUAGUUGAUGAGAAAUGGCUGGUUAUGAAAAUGAUGAUAUACCUAUGCUUUUAGACACACAUGCACAGUUCUUGGAUGAACAUCCGGAUUCUCGAUUUCAGAGAUUUGUAUCCACAAGGAGUGCAUCGAUUUCCAUUCCUACGAACUCAAUGGAUUCCCAUGAUAGUGAAACUAACCUUGUGGGCUAUACUGGUCCCUUACGGAGUGAAAGAAGGACUCCAUUCACACAGAUGAGUGGUCCAUUAUACAUUGGCCGUAAACCCGAAAGCCUUUUUCCGGUAAAUCAAGGUGUAACAGGUCAUAAAAAAGUGGAAUCUGUGCCAGAAAAGUUUCCUUCUUCCAGAGGAAAGGAUCGGAAUGAUUGGCUGAAUGACAACUAUGCAGCCAAAAAUGAACAUUUACUGAGGUCUGGGCAGUUGGGAGUGUGCAAUGAUCCUUAUUGCACAGUUUGCCCAACAUAUGACAAUUUCAGAGCCGCUCAACAAAAGAACUCAAAAGCUUCAUCUGUAUUUGAUCCUAAGUUCCGUAAUGUUCUCUAUGGGGAUGCUAAAGGCUGGGCUAGGAGAACUUUUUCCUUUCUCCAACAAUAUAUUCCUGGAGUCAUGAACCCUCAUACUAAAGUUGUGCAACGAUGGAACAAAUUUUUUGUCAUUUCUUGCUUGGUGGCAAUUUUUGUGGACCCAUUAUUUUUCUUCUUGCUGUAUGUACUAAAGGAUAACAAGUGUAUAAUUAUUAACUGGCCCAUGACCACUACAAUUGUGGUUUUCAGAAGUAUGACUGAUCUGGUAUACUUAUUUCACAUGCUUCUUCAGUUUAGGUUGGCUUAUGUGGCCCUAGAGUCGCGAGUGGUUGGUGCUGGAGAGUUGGUUGACCAUCCAAAGAAAAUUGCUCUUAAUUACAUUUGUGGAUACUUUUUUAUUGACUUGUUUGUUGUAUUACCUCUUCCUCAAAUCAUAAUAUUGUUAAUUCUACCAAAAUCUUUGGGAGGAGCCAAUUAUGCCAAAAAUCUUUUACGGGCAGCUGUUCUUGUUCAGUACAUUCCUAGAUUGUAUAGGUUUCUACCUCUACUUGCUGGUCAGUCUCCAAGUGGCUUCGUAUUUGAGUCAGCCUGGGCUAAUUUCAUUAUAAAUCUUCUCAUUUUCAUGUUGUCCGGCCAUGUUGUUGGGUCAUGUUGGUAUCUGUUUGGGUUGCAGAGGGUUAAUCAAUGUCUUCGAGUUGCCUGUGAAAACUCUGGACUUGCGUCAUGUCUGAGUUUUAUAGAUUGUGGGGUUGGAAAAAUUUCUAAACAUUUUUCCGAUGAUCCCAAUUCAACAUGGAAUAGCUGGAAAGAUAAUGUGAAUGCCAGUGCUUGUUUAACUGAAGAUGGCUUUUCGUAUGGGAUUUACAAGACAGCUGUCUCUCUUACUAUGGAACAUAGCAUCAUAACCAAAUAUAUAUUUUCAUUAUUUUGGGGAUUCCAGGUAGCAGCAGUUGAUUGUGGGUUCUGGUGGGUUGACAAUAGUCGACUAUGCUGGUUAGGGUUAGUGGCAGUCAGAUUGUGGGUUUUGGAGGUCCACAGUAGUCAACUAGGCACGACGGUUACCGGUGGUCGGAUUGUGGGUUUAUGGAGGUCCAUGCAAAUCAGUACCCUCGCUGGAAAUCAAAAUCCAAGCUAUUUUGUUUGGGAAGUCCUUUUUACCAUGGCCAUUAUUGGACUGGGCCUCUUGCUCUUUGCUCUUCUCAUUGGAAAUAUGCAAAACUUUCUUCAGGCUCUUGGGCGGAGGAGGUUAGAAAUGUCUUUAAGACGUCGUGAUGUUGAGCAAUGGAUGAGCCAUCGACGCUUGCCAGAAGAACUAAGAAGGCAAGUACGGCAUGCUGAACGGUAUAAUUGGGCUGCUACUAGAGGUGUAAAUGAAGAAAUGCUUUUGGAGAAUUUGCCCGAAGACCUUCAGAGAGAUAUAAGACGCCAUCUCUGCAAAUUUGUUAAGAAAGUUCGGAUAUUUGCCCUGAUGGAUGAUCCUAUCCUAGAUGCCAUUUGUGAGAGACUAAGACAAAAGAUAUACAUCAAAGGAAGCAGAAUUUUGUAUCAUGGUGGCCUGGUUGAGAAGAUGGUUUUCAUUGUACGCGGAAAAGCAGAGAGCAAAGGAGAAGAUGGUAUUGUAGUUCCCUUGUCUGAAGGGGAUGUUUGUGGUGAGGAACUUCUAACAUGGUGUCUUGAGCAUUCUUCAAUAAGCAAAGACGGAAGAAAAAUAAAGAUUCCUGGACAGAGAUUGCUUAGCAAUAGGACGGUAACGUGCUUAACAAAUAUUGAAGCAUUUUCACUCCGAGCUGCAGACCUUGAGGAAGUCACCAGUCUUUUUGCAAGAUUCUUGCGGAAUCCACGUGUUAAUGGGGCCAUAAGGUAUGAAUCACCCUACUGGAGAUCCCUUGCAGCAAUCCGCAUUCAGGUAGCAUGGAGAUACAGAAAGAAACGUCUAAAUCGUGCAGAUACUGCUCAUUCUAAUAAUUCAUCAAGAGUUUGAUUCCAACUAUUAUAUCAUGUAAAUGCACGGUUUUAUGUGACUCCUUGUAGAUCCUGACCAUCAUAUGAAGCUAUAAAUUUUGAUUUACUAUUGCAGUCUUGUAAUGACUUGGUCAUGGUGUAUGUGUGUAGUAAUGUUGCCAAUGACGCAUGUCCAACUUUGGAAAGUAGAUAUUUGGCUACUAAUGCUAAGAAGGUGAUCUUUGCAACAAUUCAUUAUUUAUUGGGAAGGGAUUAGUCUUCUGGAAUAUGCAAAUCGACACAUUUGGUGGGUCA